CUCAUUGUUUCUAAGUACUUGUUUUACAUUACCAACUACACCUUCGGACUUUGUUUAGAUAUUUGCCUUUGAAUAUCAUAGUGACUUUUUCAUCUCUUGUCUUUAGACGUGUUAUGUAACUGUUAUUUUAUCUUACAUGUAGCAAUUCUCAGGAUAGACGAUCAAAUUAUGGAUUUAUUCCGGUCAGUUUCAGAUAAACUUGGCAUAAAAUGGGCUCCAUUGGAUGUACCUUUGGAACGACGGCUUCAAACCCUAGCCAUCUUCUGUUGGUUCCACUUCAUGACGUCAUGCGGGGUCAUGUUUAGCAUCUACUUCUUCAUCAAACUCCUCUAUUCCAGCUACUGGUACUUGGCUAUCGCAUAUUCCGUCUGGAUGUUGUUCGACAUCAAUACGGCUCAAAAAGGGGGGCGACCAUGUGACUGGGUCCGAAAUUGGACGUGGUGGAAAUAUCAAUGCGACUAUUUUCCGACCAAGAUGAUCAAGACAGCUGAAUUGGACCCUUCGAAGAACUACUUGCUAGGCUGCAUUCCUCACGGCGUCAUUUGUAUGGGUCUCUUCCCUGUUCUCGCUUCGAACGCCCUUGAGUUUACCAAACACUACCCUGGAAUCAAAAGAGGAUUUGCCACUCUUCCUUUGUACUUCUACGUGCCUUUCUUCAGAGAGAUAGCCUUGUCUAUUGGCGGCACGAUAGCGUCUGAUGAUAGCAUAGUUUACUCAUUGGAUCCUAAGAGGUAUAAAGGAAAUGCGGUUGCUGUUGUCAUAGGCGGGGCCAGAGAAGCAGCGUUAACGCACCCAGGGCAGUAUAACACGAUAUUGAAACAAAGAAAAGGAUUUGUACGCUGUGCUAUCAAAACUGGAGCCUCCCUCGUUCCCACCAUUACUUUCGGCGAGGUGGACCUUUACGAGCCGGUGAGGAAACCAGAAGGAACCUUCGCGAGGAAGUGUCAGGACAUGGUCUACAAGGUCAUCGGCAUCAACCCAUUGUUCCCGAGAGCUAGAGGGAUGCUGCAAUAUAGUUACGGAUCAGUUCCUUACAGGAAGCCACUUUUCGUCGUUAUUGGUGCCCCAAUAGAUGUGAAAAGGAACUUGGACCCAACUCCUGAAGAAGUGGACGCAGUGCACGCCCUAUUCAUAGAAAAGAUGAUUGAACUGUUUGAGAGAGAGAAAGUUAACUACGUAGAAAAUCAUGAGAAUGUUAAUCUGAAUUUAGUGUAACGCUGUGUUAAAUAAGUAUGUAUUUGUUUUAAUAAAAAUUUUUGAUCUUAAAA